UUGAAACUCUAUAAAUAACUGCGCGAGGGUUCUGUUCAUAGGCUUGAAGAAGAAGCUCCAAACCCUCUCUCUCUCUCUCCUCUUUCUCUCUCCUCCCUUCUUCUUCGCAAUUAGUAUCCAAUUUAUACCUUAAAUCUGAUCUUCUGGACCCAAUAAUCAGUAGUCAAAUCUCACAAACAGAAGAAUCCAUGGUGGGGCCUUCUCUCAACUCCCAAAACCUCACUACUCUCAAACCAAUUAAGUUUCUCUGCAGCUACGGCGGCCGUAUUCUCCCCCGUUACCCCGACGGCAAGCUCCGUUAUCACGGCGGCGAUACACGUGUCCUCUCCGUCGACCGUUCCAUUUCCUUUACUGAGCUGAUGGCGAAAUUGGUGGAGAUGUGCGGAACCACCGUUUCCCUGAGAUGCCAAUUGCCGAUGGAAGAUCUAGAUGCACUGAUCUCGAUCACCUCCGACGAGGAUCUCGCCAAUCUCGUCGAGGAGUACGACCGCGCUGCGGCGGCGGCGGCGGCUGCGCCGCCGUCUCCGCCGUCAUCCCUCAAAAUUAGGGCUUUCCUCUCCGCCCCCAAAAAAUCGGCUUCUCCAACGUCAUCCUCCGCCUCCUCCAGCAGCAACGACUCGUCGUCGCCGAAAUCGCCGUUCUACACCUCCGCCGUCAACGGCGGCGUGCCGCCACCCAGAUGUCCGACCUCGUCCAGCAGCCGGUGCGUCCGGCACGCGUCUUCGAGGCCUCCGAUGUACCCUAUUACUGGUGAGAAAGCCGCCGGAAAAAUUCCCCAGAAAUAUGCUUAUCAGUAUCAAUUUCACCAAUAUCACCACCAUCACGGCCAUGGAAACGGUGGCCAUGUUUUUGUGGUCCACAAUGGCAGUCACUGCCAAUAGCAGGAAACCUUUUUCCUGUGAAUCGGAGGACCAAUUAUAUCUUCCAAAUACGUAUAAUUAUAUAUAUAAAUAUAUGGAUAAUCGGACU